AAAUCAUUUGGCCACUCAGAUUACGGGUCAUCCCAGAGGCCAAUAGACGCAAGGAUUUAUUGAUCUUCCCGAUGCCUCGUAACAACAAUCCCUCCGACGAAGAAAAUGUCAAUCCUACCGCGAAAGCAGCAGCAACAACAGCUUCUGUGCCGUCCAGGAAAUCAUGGCUCCCGGCAGGCUUCGGAGGAAGCGGCAAGCAUGGCGCAACCAUCGACAUUCCCCUCGGGGAUCCUAAGAAGAAGGAGAGAGAGCUGCUGUCAUGGGAGCAGGAACUGAAACGGCGGGAACAGGAUAUUAAACGGAGGGAGGAUGCAAUGAACAGAGCUGGUGUCACUUUGGAAGUGAGAAAUUGGCCGCAGUUCUAUCCCAUCAUACAUCACGAUAUAGCCAGUGAAAUACCAAUCCAUGCUCAAAAGUUGCAAUACACGGCGUUUGCUAGCUGGCUAGGACUGAUUGCCUGUCUCGUUUGGAAUCUGUUUGCUGUGUUAGUGGAAUCAAUUCAUACUGAAGAUAUCGUUAUUUUCCUCCUCGCUGUAAUCUAUGCAAUAUUCGGGUGUCCUCUUUCAUACAUGCUUUGGUACAGACCUCUGUACCGUGCAAUGAGAACUGACAGUGUGGUAACCUUCGGCCAGUUCUUCAUCUUCUACUCGGUGCAUGUUGGAUUUUGUGUAGUUGCUGCAAUUGCUCCUCCAAUAAUAUUUAAGGGGAAAACUCUCACGGGUAUUCUUGUUGCAAUCGAAGUUUUAGAUGGAGAUAUAUUCGCUGGUGUUCUUUAUCUUUUGGGUUUUGCGCUGUUUACCUUGGAAUCUUUUAUAAGCAUCUGGGUGCUUGAGAGAGUGUACAUGUAUUUCAGAGGGCAUAGGUGAAUACUGGCUAUGAGAUAAUGCGGUCAUUCAGAGAAGUAGUUUAUGUGAGAGCAAUAUCAGGCUGACAUGGUGUAAAGCAAAAAGUUCAAGAUUGGAAAACAAUGAAUUCUCUGUGCCUAGUUAUUGUUGUGUUCAGAUUUAUUGCUACGGGUAGUCAAUUAUAUCUGCAUGAUAGUGUUAGUACCCCUCAAAAAUCAGUUGCAGAGUUUUAGAAAGAAAAUGCUAUGAUGUUAGUCGUUUGGUCAGGCUAGCAUGUGUGUUGCACCAUAUGACAUCUCCAAGUCAAUAGUUGUAUCUGGGUUUAUGUUUCCAAUCUAUUCUGAUUUAUCAGUAAUACUAUGUAUGAAUGUUAUUAUAGUCAUUGUACUAAUUAAGUGUUCAGUCGGGUGCUCUCAUGUAGUACUACAUAUACCCAAUUUGGGGUUGUUCAAUGGUACUGGCUACUCAUCCAUUCCUCC